UCCACCUCGCGAUCGUCUCCGUAUCUUCAUCUAAUAAAUGUGGAUUUCCUGCUUGUUUUGAACAUUUUUGUGACUGCAACUUGAAAGUGUGAGUACCCGUGACAACUCUGGAACUAUUUCUGUGCAAUUAUUUGUCUGAAUUACCGGAUUUUUUAGGAAUUUUAAAAUUGUUCAUAGCUGUUUCUGUAUAUAAAAUUCUCGUACUGUACUGUGUUAUUGUUACUUUAGCCGGUGUCCUCGACUAACACGCAUGAUUGAUUUCUACAAAAGCAAGAUGUGUUUCAGCUAUACAAGAGAGGCACUUUUAAAUAUCGGUAAUCAAUGCGUGACUAACAAAGUUGAACGCUGUGUUUGGAAUGAUCUGAAAGACUUACGCAUAGCUAAAAUAACCACUCAUCGUGGUUGUCGUGCAGGUAAAAACAAACAGAGACUAAUUAAGACAAUAAUAACUGAGCGGUCGCCUGCUUCAUAUAAUACUCACUACCUGACUAACACGCGCACUGUAAACCAUAGCAAUUUAUCCCAAAUACCCAUCAAUCACAAUCAACAUGGCAAUUUUAUAACGACAAAUUUGCAGCAACAGACAAAAAAUAGCAAAAAGGUUCCUGUAAAGACUAAGCUAGCCAGCUGGAACACUCGUUCUAUGAACAAUAAAGUUACUGUUUUAUGCGAUCUUAUUAUUCAGGAUGAACUUGAUAUAUUGGCUUUACAAGAGACCUGGUUAACUGGUGAUGAAAGGGAUGAUUGUAUACUGGCCGACAUAGCGCUGACUCUUCCUAACUUUGAUUUUGUUCAAUCCCCCAGGAUAUUUUCUAAAGGUGGCGGUGUCUGUGUGUUUGCCAAGAAAGGGCUCAAACUUACCAGCAAUAAAACCUCUAAUUACUCCAGUUUUGAGUAUAUGGAUGUGAACAUUUCUCGUGGCUCCUCAUCUAUCCGCCUGUUUAACAUAUACCGCCCUCCACCAUCGAAAAAGAACAAGUUGACCAGAUCCAUGUUUCUGGAAGAUUUUUCUAGAUUUUUGGAAUCAGUUGCGGCUAUUCCUGGAGAAAUCAUCAUUCUCGGGGACUUCAACAUCCACGUCGACGAGGCCAAUGAUCGGUUUGCCACCUCUUUUGCUGAUCUCUUGGACGCCGUUGGUCUACGGCAACAUGUUGCUGAAAGGACUCAUAAAUCUGGUCACAUUCUUGAUCUUUUAAUCAGUCGUCAAUCCUCCAGUGUUAUCACGGGUGAUGUCAAAAUUCAUCCAGGAACGCCUUCUGAUCAUUACGCAGUGAAAUGUUAUCUCAAUUGCAUUCCUCCAAAGGCACCUAGAAAGACUCUAAAAUAUCGUAAGAUCAGGCAGAUUGUCGUUGAUGAUUUUAAAUGUGACAUUGAAUCCUCGGAACUUUACACUAAUCCUGCGAGUGAUCUUGAUGGGCUUGUGUACCAGUACAACACCAUCCUCCAUGACCUUCUGAAUAAACACGCGCCGCUUGUUGAAAAGACUGUUACUGUGAGACCAAAUGCUCCUUGGUACAAUGAUGAACUUAGAGCAGCCAAGCAAGACAAAAGACGUGCUGAAAUUCAGUAUGCGAAGUCCAAGCUGGAAGUUCACAAACAAAUCUACGCUGACAAGUGUAAGCUAUACAAAACCUUGCUUGAAACAGCAAAGGAAGACCACCACCGAACACAGAUUGAGAAUAGCAACAGUAAAGAACUUUUUCGCGUUGUCGGUAAAUUAUGCAAUCCUUCGUCUGAACCUGUCUUGCCAGAUUGUGAUACACAAGAACAGCUUGCAGAAGACUUUGCAGCAUUUUUUGUUGACAAGAUUAAAAACAUUCGCAAUGUUCUUGACUCCACCGAUUCUCAGGCCGUCUCAGUUGAUCUUCAAACUACCUGUAGUAGCAUCCUGAGCGAUUUCAAAGAACUUUCGCCGGUUUCUGUCCGAGAAGCGAUCAUGCAGUCACCUAACAAAAGCUGUCCACUUGAUCCCAUUCCGAUGGAACUGUUUAAGAGCUGCGUGGACACUCUGUCGCUUCUGUAUUUCCAUGGCAACUGUACACUGCGUAGUUAUAACCGACGCACUCGGAAAGAAUGGUCCCCAAUAUCAUUCGGCCAACAAAUCAGCGUCUCCAACAACUGUCGGCCUUGCAUCGAUAAAGCUCGGUUUCCAUAG